AUUAAUUUUCGUUAUAAUCACUUUUAUUUAAAUUAAUCUUGAAUAAAAACCGUUGACUUGAUCUCUUUGUGAACCCCUUAGAUCUCUAUAUAAACCGAGCCUUAAGAACCCUUUAAUUCAUCAUCUCUAGUUUCUUCAAUUGGUGGUAUCAUUCCCUUCUAAUUUAUGAUCUGAAUAAAUUUAAUAUAUCAUCAAGAAUCUAUUGAUCAAUAUAUGGCUAUGGGGGUCGAUGGUUUUAUGGUUUCAACAAUUGUUCUUUCUUACUUAGCCACUACUUGUUAUGGAGUAAGCUUUUCAUCUCUUCCAAAAACUCUUCUUGUCACUGCCUCUCCUUCAUCAGGCCAAGUUUUGAAAGCUGGGGAAGACAAAAUCACGGUGUCAUGGUCAUACAACAACACAUUCCCUGCCGGGACGGAUUCACCAUACAAGAAAGUUACGGUGAAGCUUUGUUACGCUCCGGUAAGCCAAGUUGACCGGGCAUGGAGGAAGACGGUGGACAAUUUGGAGAAGGACAAAACCUGCCAAUUCAAGAUUGUUGCGAAGCCAUAUAAUCCUUCUAAUAACACGUUCACAUGGACUGUGGAAAGAAGUAUUCCAAGUGCUACUUAUUUUGUGAGGGCUUAUGCCUUUAAUUCUGCUGACGAACAAGUUGGUUUUGGCCAAACAACUAAUGCCAAAAAGGACACCAACUUGUUCCAAGUUCAAGCAAUUACCGGCCGCCAUGUGUCGCUUGAUAUCGCCGCCAUCUGUUUCUCGGGAUUCUCUGUGGUGUCCUUGUUCGGAUUCUUUGUCAUGGAGAAGCGAAAGGCCAAGGCAUACCAGCAAAAGUAAAUGCGAAUAUUCACACAUAAGGGCUUCUUCACUUUAGGAUGGAUUUGAAGUUUUCUCUUCUUUCUAUCUUUUUUCUUUUUUUUUUUUCUUGCUUUUUCUAAACAUAGACGGUCUACUAUUUGAAGAUUUUUAUAUAUAUGUACUGUCUAAUUAUGGGUCAUUUCAAUCUUCCAUUGUUCAGAUGUGUUCAGUUUGAUCACUUUGGUACAAAGUGGGAUCGUUAUACAUAUUGUGGCGACAGAUCAAUUUUCAAUAUUGUCUCUAAAAUACAUACAUAAAAUCCAACAUAUCCACUCUGAGCUUAAGAGACAGUUAAGUGCUUGAUGUCCCAAAUAGGAGCGGAGCCAACCCCCCUACAUAUGAUGGGGUAAAAUUUUUCUAAUUUCUAAUCUAACAUACUUGUUCCUAAUAUUUUCAAUUCAGU